AUGUUUUCCAAAAAAUAUUUAAACAAUAAAUCAUUUAUUCUUUUAAAAUCAACAAUUCCACAUUCUAAUUAUUUUAUAUUUGCAAGUAAUUCAAGUACUUCUAAUUCAUCAUCAGAUUAUAUUGAUGAAAGAGAAAAUCAUCAACCAAUUAAAAAAGAAAAAUUAAUUAAAAAUAAAAUAAUUAAAAAAACAGCUUUUCAAAAAUUUAAAGAAAUUUUGGAGUUUAAACCUGGAAAUGUUCCUCAAACAAAUUUGGGAGUUAUCGACAAAAAAGGAGGAUUGGUACAAUUAGAUGUAGAUAUUCCCUUAAAUGUUUUGUUAGAAGAUUCUCCAAAAAUUUUGAAAAAGGAAGCUAAGAAACUUUCUACUCAUUUUCGACAAAAAUUUUAUCUAGUCGAUCAUCCAAAUUUAUUGCGAAAGCAGAGUGAUACAGCACAUACAGAAACAUUUAUUCAAUAUGAAUUUAGAACUGAUGAAGAUUUUGAAUAUUGGCAGACGGGAAGUGAUUCUGAUUGGAGUGAAGGGUAUUCUAAAUGUGAUUUUUACAAAACUGAUAGAGGAACUGCUAUUUUUGAAGGAUAUUUAAGUCAAAAAGUUGUUAAGGAUGGAAGGACAGAAUGUGCAGGAUGGUGUUCGAUAAAAACAAUUGAUAUGAUGUCAUUAAAUUUAAAGAAAAGAUAUGAGGAAUGGGGAUAUUACAGCCAUUUACUUAUUAAAUGUCGAGGUGAUGGCCGUUCAUACAAAAUAAUGUUACAUUCACCAGAAAGUUGGGAUGUAACUUGGGGAGAUACACAUUCAUAUCCAUUACAUACUCAUGGAGGCCCUUAUUGGCAAUUUGAAAUGAUUCCAUUUUCUAGAUUUUUCUAUACAUAUGGUGGAAGAAUAAUGGAUAGACAAUUAAAAUUUUAUCAAAAUUGUGCCAGUUCAAUUGGAAUAACUUUAAUGGAUAAUCUUGAAGGACCUUUCAGAUUAGAAAUUGACUUUAUUGGAGUGACUAAUGAUAAAACACACACAGAAGAACUCGCUUAUGAAACUUUUAAUACUCCCUUUACCUAA